AUGAUAGCCAAACUGGCAACCGGUUUUACGCCCGGGCCGGACGACACGAUAAUCGACGUGGAGACGGUGAACCCGCAGUGGGGCGACGUGGUGGGCGAGUGGCACGCGGUGCUGCUGGAGACCACGUCGCACUGGCGCGUGGUGCCCGACGCGCCGCGCCUCAUCUUCACCAACGACGACUCGCAGACGCUCAACGGCGUCGACCCCUACAUGGCGCACGCGCGCGCGCUGAAGACGAUCGCCAACUUCUUUGAGGCGCGGCGCAAGGCGGGGAAGGCGUUCCCCGUGCCCUUCUUCAUGACCGCGCCCCCGCAGCACUCCGCCAAGAAGAUUGGUGGCAGCGGCGUGUGCGGGUCGCCGGGGCGCGUGCUGAACCAGCAGGAGAUCGAGAAGAUGCUGCGCACCAACGUGCAGCUCUCGCGCUAUUGGCCCAUGCAGCGCGCCGCGUUCCCCGAGGGGUCGGCGGUGCGGCGGUUUGACAUCACGCUCCCGGUGAAGUACCUGGACUGUCUGCACUGGUGCCAGCCGGGCGUGCCGGACAUCUGGUCUCUUCUGCGCGGAGUCAUGCUUCCGCCCUUUUCAUCGUCCUCCCCGCGCGCGCUGAAUGGGGAGCGCCUGCGCUGCGCCAACAGCUGCGGGGUGUCCCUACUCGCCGCGCGACCCACUUCGCGCAUGCCUGCGCGUGCCGGCCCGGUUUCCGCUGCAGGUCGCGCGUCCAACCGCGUGCGCGCAACGGUUGGAGAGGGCAGUGAAAGGGGGGGGCGUUUGGAAGGGCGGAAACUGACGCGCGCGGAGGGGCGCAGGGCGGAAGGCUUCGACGCGGAGGAGCGCCGCAGGGAGGCGGGAAGGUGGGGGUCCAGAACAAAGCCGCAGCGGCAGGGGGAAUGGCGGAGAACGGAGGAGGGGGGAAAGGCGGGAAGUAAGGGCUCGCGACAGCGCUUUGUUGGGUACGCUGAUGACGUGGCAGCCGAGGAUAGGCUGCGGCAGGAGGCAGGCGGCGCCGUUGAUUGGCUGACGCGACCUUCCAAUGGCGAUGCGGGAGGGCAUUCGGCGCGCAGCGGGGAGUGGGACACGGGGAAGGGACGAGGGGACGGGCCGGCGGAUUGGGAGAGCGGAUGGGAUGGGGACGGCGAGGAGCAGGGCGCUCGGGGGGAACGCGGAGGCUGGGGAGAGGAGAGCGGCGGAGCAGGAAGGGGGAGGGCGCGGGGCGUGCAGGGGUGGAUGGGGGACGGUAACGUGGAGCGUGUGAGACGGUUUGGGGCAGAGCGAGGCCAAGGGGAUGAAGGGUGGAGAGUGGUGGAGUACGGUGAAACGUGGCGUAGGGGAGACGGAGAUGGGUGGGGGAGCACUGAUGGGAGCAUGGAUACUGGGAUGGUUGGUGGGGACAGGAGCACGAGAUUACAGCAGCAGAACCGUGAGCAGCAGCAGCAGCAGAAGCAGCGGCAGCAGCAGCGAGUACCAAAGCAACUGCCACAAUCAUCCCCGCCACAGCAGCAGCUGCAGCUGCAGCCCCUCUCCUCUCAAUCCUCCCCCCUCGCACCCAUCCCCUCAUCCUCUCCCCCUGCCCCUCUCCGCGAGUCCUCCCCCUCCCCCGCCUCCUCCCCACGCCCCCUUCCCUCGGUGCUCCCCCUGCCCCCCUCGGCGCUGGACUCUCUCCUCCCCUUUGCUGGCUCCGGUUCCCAGGUGGUAGCCUUCAUGGGUUCCCCGCUAGACUGGCUGCAGCGAUUCGUGCUCUCCAUGGGCGGCGCAGUGCUGUGUUACAACGUCAACGUCUUCGCCACCAUCGCUGCCGCCAUGUACUUCCUCUGGUGGCCGCUCUGGCACGCUGCUGCCUGCAACUCUGCCCUCCGGAUCCGAUACAAGUAUGCAGGCGUGUGGCAGGCGCGCCUCCUGGACGUGCAGGUGGAGCAGCGGGGGCCGCUCGCCAGGUGGCGGCUGCUGAUUGGCGAUGACAGCGGCACGUGCAUAGAGAUGCUAGUGCCCAUCCCCUCACCGCCUCCCCCUCUGCGUCGCAGCGACCGCGUGGUGCUGCUCGUGCUCUCCGACAGCCCCUCCUUGAUCCGCUUCCGUGCCGUCAGGGAGGCGUGGGUGCCGCGCCUCAAGUGCUGGCUGGCGGAGGAGGGGGAAGAACGUGUGGAGCGGCGGAUGCUGGAGGGCCUCUGA